CCUGCUGGUUCAGUUCUGCUAUACAAUCCUGUAUGGAGAACACCUGUGGAGAUUACCUGGCACAGAUAUUCCCAUAAAUGGCGAAUUUUAAGGGUCACGCCCUGCCAGGCAGUUUCUUCAUUGUCUUUGGGUUGUGGUGGUCCGUGAAGCACCCUAUCAAAUACUUAAACAAGAAGAACAAAGGUAUCUCCCGCUUCAACAGAUUUUAUCAGCGGCUGGACCUCAUAGAGGGAAUAACCAAAGCUGUAUUUGCACUUGUGGGUAUUCUGGCUGAGCAGUUUGUUCCAGAUGGACCUCACAUGCAUCUUGUCAAUGGGGAGGAUCACAGCUGGGUGAAACUGAUGAACUGGCAACAUUCCACCAUGUACCUGUUCUAUGGCAUCUCGGGGGUGGUGGAUAUUCUGACUUACCUUCCUCUGAAGGUGCCAAUGGGCAUGGACCGACUCUUCUUGAGCCUGGCCGUGUUCAUUGAAGGUCUGCUCUUUUAUUACCACGUACAUAAUCGCCCAGCACUUGACCAGCACAUUCAUUCCCUGCUGCUCAUCGCCGUCUUCGGAGGUUCAAUCAGCAUUAUGAUAGAAGUGUUUCUACGGGACCACAUUGUGCUGGAGUUGUUCAGAAGCAGCCUGGCUCUUCUCCAGGGUACCUGGUUCUGGCAGAUUGGAUUUGUUUUGUACCCGCUUUGGGGGGCACCGGAAUGGGAUCAGUCUGAUCACGGCAAUAUCAUGUUCAUCACCAUGUGCUUCUGUUGGCAUUACGCUGUGGCCCUUCUUAUCAUUGCCAUAAAUUAUUCAUUGGUGUUCUGGUGUGUGUCAUGGCGAAAACAAUUGUCCGGGGAUGUGACUCUUGGUAUUAAGAAGUUAAAUGGCAACCAUGCGGAGGCACAAACCUCUCUUCUUGCAGAGUCUGAAGAGGACUAGACUGUGCACGGUUUUAAAUAAUAUGGGCAAUAAGAAUUGCCCGGACUCCCUCUGGUGGAUCUGCAGGACGAACGAUACCUGCAAGAAUGAAGUAAAUUUUUGGACAGAGCAAAAUGGAGUUGUUCUAAACUCUUAAUACCGAAAACAAUUAUUUAAAGGAAAAUACGGUGUGAAAAUACACUGUGUGUCAGUGCAGGGCAAACUCCACAAGGACAGAGUUCAGAUUUGACCCCAUAUUAAAAGGAACACUCCAAUCGCGAUAACCACUACGGUUUUGUUGUGGUUAUUGUGCUUGAAGUGUUACUUUAACAAGCGCUGUAGAACUAUGACUGAAUUUGUUUGUAGAUGUUUUAAGAUGUAUCAAAAGGGUACAAUAGAGGGCAGAGAUUCCGAUUUUGUCUAAUGAAAUCAGUGGAGGCUGCCUCCCUCGGACCAUCUAUAAUUAUUAAAGGAACACUAUAGGGCAGGAACAAAACCAUGUAUUCCUGACCCUAUAGUGUUAAACCCACCAUUUAGCAUAGUAACAUAGAAUGUGACAGCAGAUAAGAACCAUUUGGCCCAUCUAGUCUGCC